AUGCUUUUCUGGGGGCAUACAGGUGAAGAACCUCUGACUGACAGAACCACUAUUGGUCAUGAGAACACUGGUUAUGUCGUCGGCAUCGGAAAAGAUGUCAACGGUUUCAAGAUAGGCGAUCUUGUCGGUUGCCUUGGAUAUGACUGCGAGGGCUGUCAAGUCCAUAAUCUAUUCUGCCAAGAGGGAACAGGACGGAUGCAUGGUUUCACGUGCCCGGGCCACUUUGCAGAGUACUCAGUCUCUGAUGCCCGCAAUGCCAUGGUAUUGCCUCAGGGUAUGGACCCUGAUACUUCGGCACCUUUGUUUUGCGCAGGUGUUACAGCCUACCACGCUGUAAAGGGGUGUGAGCUUGUCGAAGGACAGUGGAUCGCCAUCAUUGGCUGCGGAGGUCUUGGGCAUCUUGCUGUUCAAUACGCCAAAGCUAUGAAGCUCAAAGUCGUCGGCAUUGACAUCAGUAAAUCUCAACUAGAUGAUGCCAAGAGCUUGGGUGCUGACUUCGUUAUCAACACGAUAGAAGAGCCCGACUACGAGGCCAAGAUCAAGAAGCUAACAAACGGUGGCUGCCACGCCGCAGCAGUGUUUAGCGCCUCCAACGUGGCUUAUGAAAGCGCUCCCAAGACCUUGCGGAUUAACGGUCUUAUGAUGGUAGCUGGAAUCCCCAUAAAGCCAUUAAGUAUCAGUGCUCUUGACAUUCUCCUUGGUAGAUACCGCGUUGCUGGUCGUAGCAGUGGAAUACCAAAGAACAUGCCAGAGGCUAUCGAGUUUAGCUAUAAACAUGGUGUUAAAGCCCAUAUCACAUCCUUUAAGGAUUUGAACGAGAUCAGCAAGGUCAUUGAUUUACUCAAGUCUGGAAAAGCAGCGGGAAGAUUCGGAAUACUGUUUGACUAG